AUGUCCUCUGACAAAGUACGUUCAAUCAAGAAGAAGCGAAAACAUGAAGAUGGAGAUGAGGGCCCCAGCAGACGACGCCGCAGGGAUGACAUCGAAGAGUCUCCGGAGACCUGGGUGCUGCCGGAAGAAGCGAUUGAAUUCCGUGGACCUACCUUCAUUCUGCAUCCCUCCGACCCUUCCCCACUAUGCAUUACCUACGACUCUACCCGUGGGCGCAUCGUGCUUCACUCUGCCGACAAAGACAAGACGGAGGAUGCUGCUCCGCUUACGAUUCUGGAGCGCACACCCACAGACGUCUCCCAGGUCUGGGUAGUCACGCGCGUCGCAGGCUCCCCGACCGUCAACAUCCGCACUGGUGUGGGAGAAGGCAAAUUCAUCUCCUGCGACAAACAUGGGCUCGUGUCUGCGGACAGAGAAGCGCGCGGACCGCAAGAAGAAUGGACUCCGGUUGUAUUUCCAGAUGGGAUGGUCGCGUUCCAGAAUAUCUACGAGAAGUACCUCAGCGUGGACGAAGUUGCCGGCGGACAACUUUCGUUGCGAGGCGACAGUGACGAGGUUGGCUUCGGUGAGCGUUUCUGGGUCAAGAUACAAAGCAAAUACAAGAAAGAGGCCCAUGCCGAGGAGAAAAAGCGUAAGGGGAUUGAUACAACUACCACAGAUGAGGCUGGUACCAACAAACUGUAUCAAGCGUGGGGUGCCGGUCGGUCGGUCGUAUCAUCUGAGGAUAAGCGCGAGCUUCGGGAAGCGAAGAAGGAAGGUCGACUAGCUGAAGCCAUGCUUGAGCGACGAGCUAAACUGAAGAGUGACCGUUUCUGCUGA